GCACGCACGCACGCACAAGCAUCAGUUCGAUGAUGAUAAAUGCGGGGAAAUUUCACCAAGUAGAUUUCUUGAUGGACGUUCACGUCACGUCACCGGGCACCAUCAAAUCAUGAUAACGGUUCCUCGGAGCUGUACUUCAACUUAUUGCCAUACAAAACCAUUCCUAUCCACCUCGCCCUCUCACUAACUACACCUAGAUGCUUCAAUGGUUUGCAUCCUUGCGCGGACACAUGCCACAACAAGGUUCAUGUCUGCAGCCAAAAGCCACAGGGAGGAAAGAAAAGCAAUAUAAUGACAGAAAUGACAAAAAUCCAUGCCACAUGGAUACACAAAGCGAAACAAGGGAGCUGAUGGAGGGCUUGUCCCUUAUCCAUUUGGCAUUUGCUUCAAACUUCUCCCUUCCUCGAUGUAGAGUCUAUCUCCAUUUCCACCUCAUAUCUGUUGGAAGAAUCACAAACUUCUGGCAACCAUCUCAAAGUCGAAAUGUCCUCCAGAAAGAAAAGACAGUCUCUAGCUGAGGCACCAUACCGGCCUCACCACAACUCUACGAGCCUUCCAAGUACUACUCGUCGCAGCUCACGACGCAAUACAUUGCUGAUCCCUAAAUCUCCAAGCGUUGAUAUAAAUGAGGGUGACGCUCAUGCCUCGCCUCAUGAUUUCGAUAAAACUAUUACAACUUUGAAAUCAGCCGCAGAAUCUGUCACGGUUCGAGUGUGGCAAGAGGCAGCAGACGAACAAGCACGGGCGAUUCAAGCUAUGAGGUCUGCAAUCGACAUCAAAGAUUCACGAAUCCAAAAGAUGAGUCGAAAGAUUGCGAGACGCGAUAAGACGAUAGGCAAAUUGAUGAGACGAAUAGACCGCACCAAAACAGCACUGGCAAAAGGAACCUGGCCAAAGUCUGAAGGAAUGAUGGGAAUGGGAAUGGGAAUGGGAAUUGAGGAUGAGGAGAGAAUGAGUAUGUUGAGGAGCAAAACUCCGGCUUCAGCAAAUGGGCUUUGCGCUGAGUGUGGAGAGAAUUGUUCUCGUUUGGUACGAGAGAAUCAACAGUUGAGAGAUAGAUUAUAUGAGGUCGAUGGGUUAUGCAUAAGACUCAGGAAUGAGUGUAGCAAGCUGGAUAUCAAGAUUCGGGGACUCGAGAAGAGUUGAGACGGGAUGGGAGGACAGCAAUAGCAUAUCCUUGCGUAUUGAUCAGACAUGAAGAUACUUUAGGUAUUGAAGCUUUAUAUAAAUUAACCCAUUCAAACAAGGUAUCUUUUCUGAAAUGUUUGUUUCCGUCUGGGAGUAGGAUAAUCUCGUUGUUCAAGCAACAAUUUAGCAUUCCAUAUGGAUCUGGUGGACGAUAAACUCAUGGAGUGAAGCUUCAUAUAUUUCCUGCUUCACAUAAUUCUUACCUCACUCAUCUCUUACCUCACUCAUCUCUUACCUCACCCAUUUCACACUUCAAUGCACUCUCAAUUUUCGAAUAUUACCGCGGAUAAAACCUCA